UUACCAGCUCCUUUUAAUAGUUUUCAGCCAGCACCACCUUCCUCCCUUCAUCCCAAGCCUACACGUGUCUAGCAAAACACACAUGUAUCGUGCUCUGUUAAUUUUCAACUUCUUCUCUUCUUUAUUGCUCUUUUUACCGUUUUUUCAAACUUAUGCUGAUUCCUCUCUUUUCUUCUUCCCUCUCGCACACGAUCUCUCAUGAUUUCAAUCGUUUAUCCUUCUUCAUUUACAGUUUUCUUUUUACUUCCUAUUUUUUAGCCAUUAUCAAUGUAGUGUGUAACGUGCAUUUAGGUUUUAGGCUCCACAUUUGCUAUUAACUGCAUUUUAUCUAUAAAUAGCAACAUGGUUUCUACAAGAUCAACUCCUACAAAAGAGAAGAAGGAUUUUGUUGUUCCUGUAAAAAUGAAGCGGAAAUUAGUAAAAAAAGCUGAAAAAGAUGUUGAAGGAAGUGGUGUUGCUUCUGCCUCUGAGAAUGUCAAAGUAAAGGGAAAAAAGGUGGAUGAAACUGGUUUGAAAAAAAGGCGUUUGGCUUUUGAUGCUGUACCUGAUCAUCAGAAAGUUCAGAAAUCCUUGCAUAUUGAAGAACCAACUCGUUUGGUUCAGAACUGGGACUACUUGUUAGAUGCGGAAGAUCGUUACACUUGUAGAGUGACUAUACCUUUAAAUUUCAAAUAUAUUGAGGACAUCAAGAAAACUCUUUCUGAUACUCAGCUGGAACUUUUCAAGAAGACAUUUCUUGGUCAUUUUUUAGACUUGUCGCCGUUGUGUAAUCAGCCUCAGCUUAUACAUUCUUUGUUGCUGCGAGAAGUGAAGCAUCCAAAUAAUAGGGAAUUGUGGUUUAAAGUUUCUGGACAUAAACUGCGGUUUAGUAUUGAUGAAUUUGCUGUGAUUACGGGGUUAAAUUGUGUUGGUGAUUUCAAUCCUGUUUCUUAUGCUCCAUUACAGAAUCAGUUGAUUGAUACCUAUUUCCCAAAUAGUGAAGUUACUCGAGAUGGAUUGGGUGUCAUAUUUCUGAACAAGGUUUUCAAGUCGGAUGAAGAUGCGGUUAAAUUGGCCGUAAUUUACUUGUUUGAGUGCUAUUUGUGCUCAAAUGAGAUUAAAUUUCAAAAUGUAAGUCGCUUUUUUAUGGAUAUGGUUGAUAGUGGGGACUAUAACUCAUAUCCUUGGGGGAUAAUGGUUUUUCGAUCUACCAUUGCUGAUAUGAAGAAGAGGUUUGCUACAAGAAGACGACUCAAGUUUUAUAGGCUUAACAGUUUCCCUUUGGCUUUGCAAAUCUGGUUCUAUGAAGUCUGCCCUUUUGCUACUAAUAAGAUAUGUUUUCCUGUUACUAAACCAAUGUUAGUUCCUCGAAUGCUAAAAUGGCUCAAGAGUCAGGACAAAUUAACAAUCAAAUAUCUGAAUGAGGCAUUUUUUGAUCAGACGCGUGAGCAGUUGAUGCUGAAGAAUAUUGUUCCUACAGCUCAAGAAAAAAUGUCUCUUGAUAUAUCUGGUUUUUUCCAAACUGGAAAGAAGAAAAUAGUUGAAGAUUUGGAUUUUUCAACUGAUGAUGACGCUAUUCUUGCUGAUUACCUCAAAUGUAAACAAGUUGAGUCUUCGAGACGAAGAAAAACAUUUAAUCUGUUGAAGAGUCGACUUAAUGGUAUCGAAUCAAGUCAACUGAAAAUAAAAUCUGAAUUUUCUUCUUUGAAGACGGAGGUGAGAGUCAUUUAUGACUGUAUGACGGUGAUUGGCGAUCAUUUUGGCUUAAGCAUGCCUAAGUUUCCUAAGUCUGUUGCUGUAAAUGAAGUUCCCAAUGAUGAUGAUAAUAUGGGGGUUUCUGAUUACAAUUUUCAAACUGGAUAUAAAGAUGAUGCUGAUAAUGGCGAGGACGGUGAUGAUGAGUAUGAGAAAAAUGAAGAAGAGAACAAAGAUGAGGAUGAGAAAAAUGAAGAAGAGGACAAAGAUGAGGCUGAGGAUAAAAAAGAUGAGGCUGAGGAUAAAAAAGAUGAGGCUGAGGAGAAAGAAGAUGAGGCUGAGAAGGACAAAAAUGAGGCUGAGAAUAAAAAAGAUGAGUCUGAGGAGAAAGAAGAUGAGGCUGAGGAGGACAAAGAGGAUGAGCAAAAAAAUGUAGAAGAUGAGAAGGAUAAUGAUAGAAAUGAUGAUGGUGGUGUUGGUGGUGGUAAUAAGAAAGAUGAUGAUGGUGGUGUUGGUGGUGGUAAUAAGAAAGAUGAUGAUGGCGGUGAUGGUAGAUCGAUGCAUGUUGAGGUCCCUGUUGAGGAUGUAAAUCAGGUUGGUUUAGAAACAGCUGCUGGGGAGGUAUGUUGUGUAUCAAUCCUGUAUUGA